UUUUCAGGUCGUGUUCCUCCCAAAUUUCACGAUCUUGUUCCUCAAUUCAAAAAGGGUUUGCUUCAAUUUCUCAUUCGACCAAGAAAGCUCGGGUCUUUCAACCAUGGCGUGGAACGUGUUUAAGUUCUGCACAGCACUUCGCGCCUUGGGUUCGAUCAUGAUCCUAUUCGUAAUCGGGAUCAUCGGAUUCACAUACUACGCCCUUGUACUCGUGAAUUACGGACCGUCUCUAUUACUCGGCGGUCUCGAUUCGUUUAUAGCUCUUCUCGUUUUAGCUCUGUUUCACUUCCUGCUUGUAAUGCUACUGUGGAGUUAUUUCUCUGUCGUUGUGACGGACCCUGGUGGUGUGCCACCUGGUUGGAGGCCGGAGUUAGACAUAGAGAAAGGCGAUGGAAACGAAGCAGCGAUUGCAGAAGCAAGCCCACUUUCGGUUGGAGAUUCCUCCUCUCAUAUCGUAAGACAUUGCCGAAAGUGCAAUCAAUAUAAACCGCCUCGUUCUCACCACUGUUCAGUCUGUGGAAGAUGCAUACUAAAGAUGGACCAUCACUGUGUUUGGGUUGUGAACUGUGUUGGGGCAAGGAAUUACAAGUCUUUUCUCCUCUUCUUGUUUUACACAUUUCUUGAGACAACGGUGGUUGCAGUAUCACUGUUUCCAGCUUUCCUCGUAUUCUUCACCGAUGGAGAUGAUGAGAUUACCGUAUCACUAGGAAGCCUAGCAGCCACCUUUAUUGCGUUCAUAUUGAACAUAGCAUUUGCGCUAAGUGUCCUAGGCUUCCUAAUCAUGCACAUAAUGCUAGUCGCUCGUAACACCACAACUAUUGAGGCAUAUGAGAAGUAUACAACUCCUAACUCUCCUUAUGACCUUGGUCGUAAGGCAAACUUUGAACAGGUUUUUGGAAGGGAUAAAAUGUAUUGGUUCGUGCCAUUGUACACGGAAGAAGAUAUGAAGAGGUUGCCGGCACUUGGAGGGUUAGACUUUAGGAGCAGGUUGGAGGAGUCGGAGCCGCUUCAGUCUCUAUGACCUUGAAACUACAAAACUUUUGGGAAUGGGUCUGCGUUGUGUCUCGUCUGUAUUAAAGAUUAGCGUUUUUAAUGGAAUUUGAUUUUUUUGGUGAAAAUAAAUUUCAUAAGUUUUUUUAGCAGAGCCA